AUUAUAGUUGGGAGUUAGGAGUUCUGAGUCAGUUACAGUUAAGAUUGGAAGGGUGCUUACAUGACAUGUCUUUGGUGUCUGUUGGAUUUCAUGCCUGAUUUGCAUGUAUUUUGUUCUGGAUUCUUUGUGACUAGGAAUUGUUGAUAUAUUUUGUGUAUUUGGUUUCUGCCUUGCACCCAGUAUAUAAGAUUGCAUUCAUCGAUCUGAUAUUUUAUUAGUCAGGAAAAAUCUUGGAACCAGUGGGAUUUUAACAUUUCAUUUACCGAUUGCCAGUUAGCGACUCAACCAGGCCAUCACUGGUCCAUGGCACAGAGGCGAUGAUACAAGAACAAAUACCACAGUACCUCUUAUUUUGUAAUACGACUUACAUUCCUAGUCCGCCAUGGACAAUGGAAUGAAAUGCCAGAACGCCAGAAACCGAAUGUACGAUAUCAAAACUUCCCAAGCAAGCCUUAACAUUCUGUUCAUAUAGUUUGUAUUUAUGGCUGAGUAAGAAAAUGUUGUAAACAGUGUUAAGGCUGAUGCCCUUUGGUCUUCUUUGAGGUCUCUAACAAGUAAAUCAUCUAUACGAACCUCAGUCACCUGAUUGAUCUUCCAACUGAGCUGUUUGUUGUCAGUUCCUUGGUCCAAUAAAGGAUGACCUUUUUGUUUGAGGAUAAACGUGAUUUCUAGUCACAAUGAGGAUGUGGUCAUCAGGCUAUUUUAAGUCUGUGGCAACUGGAGAUGGAGAAUGUCUAUACUAACUUUAGCAUGUGUACUUGAUGCCAUGUAGCAUUGUCAUCUAUACAAGCAGCAUUUCUCAAGACUUUGUAGGGUGCCAUGUGAAAGAUACUUUGUGUUUUGUUUAACCUUUUUUUUGAAACAUUUCCUGCAAGCUUUGUUGAAUUAGAUUUCUCCAUGUCAAAAUGAAAUGAAAUCUCAUCAACUUGUUUGGCAAGCAUUGGAACCCACUUUUUAAAAAAGACUUUUAUACCUUUUGGGAAGACAUGGAUACUCAGGCUUUUACAAUGGCAUAGUCUAGUUCUUACUUCAAUUUGGUACAGAGUGGAAAGAGGAGGCUUAUAAGUUCAAAUGGCUGCCAGUGGAAGUUGCAGUAACUUCCAUUCCUGGGAUGAGUUUGUCACUGUUAUAAGAGACCUUUCCAAACCAGACCUAUGGAAGCAGAACAUCCAGGAUCAGAUAGAAAAGGAGUUAGAGAGAAGAGUCAGAGAUGCUCUAGAGACACCUCCUCUUGAGAGAAUGAGAAGAAACAAACAUAAAGCUCGUCUUAGAAAACAACAACAGAAGAAGAAAGAAGAAGAAAAGAGAUCCCUGACCCUAGAAGAGUGUGAUAGCCAUGCCCAAGCCUUGCCAUCUCUUAAAGAGAAAUUCCCUUGGAAUGAUAUCAACUCCUCCUUUACCUACUUUGAUAACCCUGAGAGUCCAACAUGGUUUGAACGUCAGAUCUACAACACCCAGUACACUGAUAAUGGCAGUGAAAGCAGCGCUGGGUACCUUGAUGUCAACGGUAAUCAACCUGACUGUAGGACUCAAGAAGAACGGGAUGCACUCUCUCGUAAGUCUUCAAGGCCUAGAACUAGAAGUGCAAGUGUCACAUUGACUAGAGACAGGCAAAGAAUAUUGGCUGACAAAGGCGGGGAUACAGAUCCUGAAGAGGAUAGAACUAUCAUAGACAUAAAACGAAAGACCUUCCAUCGCUUCACCAGCGCUGGUUUCAGGGAGGCAAUGAGAAAGGGCAAAGGGGUAUUGAAGAAGAUUGGAAAUGGGAAGUACAUGGAUAAGAAUGGAGUGAUUCUUUCAAUGGAUGGUCCUUUCUGGCCUCCGGAGUGUGGACCUCUUUACCCUAAACCCAAUCACACCAAGAAGGUGCCAUCAUCUGCAGAACCACUCUAUGAUCAUGGUAAGAAUUGAGACUUGUUCAAACAUGUAGCUCAUCAAAGCUCAGCAACAUGCAAAAUCAACUGGAUAUUACUUGAACAUUUCAACAGGCAGGAAGUUUUCUUCAUGUAGCUACAAAAUGGCUUUGAACAAGCAACAUUUUGAAAAGAUUUUGUGCAAAAUUUAUGAUGAUUUUGUGAUGCUUUUGACCAUAAUCUUUUUCACAAUAAAAUGCCUAUGGAUAUUGUACAUUUCCCACCAAAUACGAUCCAUGAACACAAAAACACUGCUGAGAUUUGUUGCCCCUAUCUGGACAAAGCUUUCACUAGAAAUUGUGCAAUUUUGUGUCUUACGUACAAUACAUGUGUGGGGUGUGGGUCUUUAUGUUUGAUUAUGUCUUUAUCUGUUUGUUCACUUGAUGUAUCUGUUUUCAUGUUUGUUCUUUGUCUAGUCUUGUACACUACAUCUAGAAAUUAGAGUUUGUCAUGUUUUUUUUUUUUUUACAAAGUUAUCAUACAGUAUCAUCUACCAAUGUUUGUUGUCAUCUUCUACUCUUAAUAGUACAGACCACCUUCUGGUUUGGUUUUUUUUGUGUAUGAUUGGGAUUUUGCUUGGGACUGGCAGGUGCAAUACACUGUGUAACACCCUAUUCUGACUAAUAGUCUAUUGGUUUUGACAAGCAUACAUCGUAGGUUGUAACUCUUCUGUACACGGGACCAACAGUUGCAUCCUUUCCGAUGGAUGGAGUGUUUUCAAACUGCAUUCACACUUGCUCUGAAUCCAGUGGUGAGGCAUGCUAACACAAUGCUAGCAUCAGUUUUUGUCUCACCUGCAUAGCAGAGUGAGACUAUAGGCGCCGCUUUUCCGAUGGCGGCGACGGCGUCAACACCAAAUCUUAACCGAAGGUUAAGUUUUUGAAAUGUCAUCAUAACUUAGAAAAUAUAUGGAACUAGUUUAUGAAACUUGGACAUGAGGUUAAUCAAGUAUCACUGAACAUCCUGCAUGAGUUACAUGUCACAUGACCAAGGUCAAAGAUCAUUAGGGUCAAUGAACUUUGGCCGAAUUGGGAGUAUCUGUUGAAUUACCAUUAUAACUUUGAAAGUUUAUGAUUCUGAUUCAUGAAACUUGGACAUAAUAGUAAUCAAGUAUCACUAAACACCCUGUACAAGUUUCAGGUCACAUGAUUAAGGUCAAAGGUCAUUUAGGGUCAAUGAACUUUGGCCAAAUUGGGGGUAUUUGUUGAAUUACCAUCAUAACUUUGAAAGUAUAUUGGUCUAGUUCAUAAAACUUGGAUAUUUAAGAGUAAUCAAGUAUCACUGAACAUCCUGUGCACAUUUCAGGUCACAUGACCAAGGUCAAAGGUCAAUGAAGUCCAUUUCUGUUUUAUCAAUCACCCUUUUUUUGUGUGUUUCAUAUUUAAUCGUACAUCCUCGUAAUUCCAUUAACAUAAUUUCAAAAAAUACCUGGUCACUUACAAUAAAUUUGCAAGAUUUCUUAUUGAUAUCCUCAAACCUAGCCUCAUUGUGUUCAUUCUUGUCAAUAUAAUUCAUUGUUAUUUCUUAUUUCUUUUAUUUUAUCUCUUAUAAUUUUUACAUAUUCCUCAUCAUUUAGAAGUAAACUGCUAAAUUUCCAAAAUCUGUUACGACAUCGACCAUUAUCUAAUUUGAGUUCUAAACUAAUCAAUUAAUGAUCAGAUCUAUAGCUAUUAUGGAUCUGACAACUUGAAACCAAAGAAAGUAACUGAUUAGAUAUCAAGAAAAAAUCCAAACGACCUUGUUUUAAAGGAUUAGGUUGUCUCCAAGUGUACCGUUUUAAAUCUGGAUUAAUAGAUCGCCAUGGAUCAAUUAAGUUAAAAUCAUUUUUAAUUUCUGUAACUUUGUAAUGUGCGUUUUUAUUAUUUAAUCGAACGUAGUUAUAUGAAUCCAAAUCAAGAUCCUGGAGUAAAUUCCAGUCUCCGCACAUAAUUACAAUAGGAUCGUUUAUGUGUAAUAUAAUAUUCUCUAAUUCUUCGAAAAAGCUGGGACAAUCCUUGUUUGGGGCAUAAAGUGAAAUCAAAGAAAAUUCUAAUUGUCCAAUACAAAGGCUUAAAGCAGCAUAAUUAAAUUAAGUCAUAUAAUACCUGUUUCACUUCGCAUUGAUUUCUUUUAUCAAGUAAUAUCACGACACCCCUAGCAUUAGAGGAUUUGUUUGCAAAAAAACAUGAACCAUCUCAAUCAAGUUCAACUAUAGCCUCUAUCUCAGGCACGAAAAGCGUAUCUAAUAAACAACCUUGGUAGACCAGCAGCACCAUGAUUGAUGCUGCUGAGUAGGGCCAUCCUCCCGUUUUCUAUUUAUCAAUUCACAUGUAUCAUUUUAUAUGUAUUGUUAUCUGUUUUUUAACGGAAAAAAAUUCAAUUCAACAAAUAUCAGCAUUUUUACUUUUAAGAUAGUUCAAUACAUCUUUUCUUUUCUGCAAGUUUCCCAGACCCCUGCAAUUUACUGAGAUAAUUUUCAACUUACUAUUCAUAGAUCGAAACAUAGCAUAACCCAUAUAAAAGCCAUCGAAGGGAUUUUUUUUUAACAUACAAGACAAAACAAGACUUAUAACAUAAAAGACGACACCAAAACAACACCUGAACAAGACAAGAGACUCGCACUGCGUUUCCUUACAUAAAUACCACACAUAACAAAGGAGAGUAGGACUUUUCCAUGGGGUCUCCUACGAAAUCCAUUUCUUACAUAAGAACGUAAAAUCUGUAAAGAGCUUGAACCUUGCCCUUAUUUUAUGAAAGAGCAUUCUUUCCUGUCAUUUUUUCCUAAAAAACAAAAGAAAGAAGAUAUCUAGUUUGUAACCAGGAAUUUACAACCAUUUAACAUAACAAAGGUAAACGCAAUGUAGGAAUAAAUUAAGAUGAACACAGAUCAUUGAAAUGAGAAUAGGCAAACAGCGAUUCCGGUGCCGUAUGUGUUCAUAAUUAUCCUAAUGAAAAGGGGGAAAAGUCGAAGCUUCGAAACCCUAAAAUAAUUUUUUAGAGUAGAUGCAAUUGUAAAUAAUGAAAAAAAAGUAAGGAAAAUGAUAAUAAUAUAUAUAUUUGCAAUUUACAGCACCUUUGGCCAAAUGAAUUCUCAAUUUUCAUGUCUGUGUUCAACCAAAUUAUCUAAAAUGACUUUAUAAACAUAAAUCGAAGUUUCUUCAAUUUACUUCCUGAUCAUUCUUACAUCAGCUUUUAAACAUUUCCGAGAAAAUCAGGCUGAAGAAAAUGGCUAAUAGUGAUGUUACUUUCAUCGAUUGAGUUACAGAUCUCCUUGUAUUAGUUUUUCAAAGAAACAUAACCGAGGUCAAAAUACAUCUUGAAAAUAUUUAAUGUAAAUUGCAUGAUAAACGUGCCUAUUUCUUAUGUUCUUGCUUGAUACACACAAUAAUAUUGAUCUCUUCUCAUUUGACAGUCAUAUGAAUGCUCUUUUCGUAUUAAUGUUCCGGAAAAUGUUUACACUGUUUAUCAAGUAAAUAUACAAGGAAAAAAAAAUCUUUUGAAAAAUAGAAAAUAUUUUGACUCUCUGUAAAAACUAUAAUUGAUCCACUCAAUUGCCCGUCCAAUUAUCAUGAUUAUGCGGACACUGACUAGCUCAAGAACUUUAAACUAUGCUUAAUGACUGCAAUAAUUGUAUAGAGUGAAUGAAUGGAAUCGUGUAUUUUAUUUCCAUUUUGUUCUGAAUAUAAUUCAAAAAAUAUUCUUUAUGUUUAACUAGGACAUUUUUAAUGUCACAACUUAUUUUUUUCUCUCGUAUUAAUAUAAUUAUAUCAUCAAUCUAUUUCCAAAUUGUCAAACUUGAAAAUAACUACUCUCUUUAUACAAGCUAUGAAGUCAUUAUUUAUUCCACUUUUUCUAGUUUCACAAGCCUAUGUCUACUUCACUGUCGACAUAUUGGAUGUUUUUAAUCUUUGAGUAUUAUUCAUUGUACAAUCUUUCAAUUAAAGUUUCAAGUCUUAAGAAUUGUAUCACCACAUGCCAUGCGUAUAUAUGUGGCAAAUAAUCCGUGGUCUGUGCUGUUUGAGUGAAUGAUACAAUAAAUACAUCAAUGUACU